UGGCGCUCGUCGCCGCCUGUGAUUGGACCCCUGGCGGUUGGUCCGUGGCUCUGCAGUGGCGGCUGCGGUGCUCGUGGUGGUGGUGGUUGUGGUCGCUUGGCUCUCUCUCUCGCUCGCUCGCUCUCUCCCUCUCUCUCUCCCGUCAUCUCUCGCUCUCUUUCCCUUCACUCGCCGCUCGCUCUCAUCGGCACCGGUUUCCUACCCCCCCCCCCUUCCGCCCCCCCCCAACUACCACCACCACCCACGCAACCUCCCCUCUCGCCAUGGCGGAGGGCGACAAGAUCCGCGUGACGGUGAAGACGCCCAAGGACAAGGAGGACUUCGUGAUCGCCGCCUCGUCCACCGUGAAGGAGUUCAAGGAGGAGAUCUCGAAGCGAUUCAAGGCUCAGCCCGAUCAGCUGGUGCUCAUCUUCGCGGGGAAGAUCCUCAAGGAUCCGGACUCGCUGAGCCAGAACGGUGUGAAGGACGGUCUCACAGUUCACUUGGUCAUCAAGACGCAGGGCAGAUCACAGGAGCCGGCAUCACAGUCGGCGCCAACCUCCUCGGGUGCCAGCACCACACCCACCUCCACAGGCUCCAGCAGCAGCAGCAGCACCACCGCACCACCCCCCACACAGCCGCUUCCCGGCCUGCCGCCAUUCUUCCUCGGGGGGAACCUCGGUGGUCUCGCCAGCCUCAGUAACCUCGGCGUCGGCUCUUCCAACUUCAUGGAGAUGCAGCAGCAGAUGCAGCGCCAGCUCAUGUCCAACCCCGAGCUGCUCAGCCAGGUCAUGGAGAACCCCUUUGUGCAGACGAUGAUCAGCAACCCAGAGAUGAUGAGGCAGCUCAUCAUGACCAACCCACAGAUGCAGCAGCUGAUGGAGCGCAACCCCGAGAUCACGCACAUGCUCAACAACCCCGAGCUGCUGCGGCAGACGAUGGAACUGGCGCGCAACCCGGCCAUGAUGCAGGAGAUGAUGCGAAACCAGGACCGCGCGCUCAGCAACCUGGAAAGCAUCCCCGGCGGGUACAACGCGCUGCGCCGUAUGUACACCGACAUCCAGGAGCCCAUGCUGAGCGCCGCGCAGGAGCAGUUCGGAGGGAACCCGUUCGCCUCGCUGCUCAGCGGCCCCGGCGGCAACGCGGGCUCGGGAGGGACGGGCGGCACGGCGCCAGGCGGCGGCAACGCCGAGGGGCAACCGUCGCGCACCGAGAACCGCGAGCCGCUGCCCAACCCGUGGGGUCCGGCGCUGUCGCCACGACCCGGCUCCGCCUCGCCCGCCUCGCCGCUCCUCCAGCAGCAGACGCCCGGCGCGACGCCCAGCGUCUCCAACCCGCUGGGCAUCCAUCCCGCGAUGCUGGUGAUCCCAGGAGGCGUGAUGAGGCAGGUUGCGGCGAACCCCCAGCUCAUGCAGAACAUGAUGUCGGCGCCGUACAUGCCCGCGAUGCUGCAGGCGCUCGCCCUGAACCCCUCGCUCGCUGAGCAGGUGUUCCUGACAAGCCCCAUCUUCGAAGGGAACCCGCAGCUCAGAGAGCAUAUGAGGACGCAGCUCCCCGUGUUCCUACAGCAGAUGCAGAACCCGGACGUGAUGUCGGCCAUCGCGAACCCGCGCGCCAUGAUGGCGCUCAUGCAGAUCCAGCAGGGGCUACAGGUCCUCGCCAACGAGGUUCCAGGCCUCAUGCCGGGGCUGGUGCCGGGCAGCUUUGACGGCGUCGGUGGGGCGGCACUGUCCACCCCGGGGGGUGGUGCCCAGCCAGAGUCGGCGGCAGCGCCGGCGAGCGGGACGGCGACAGACGGAGGCACGGCCACGACCGCCGCCGCCGGCGGAACGGCGGGCGGGGGCGGAACGUUGGGGGGCAGCGGAACGUGGGGGGGGGGAGGCACGGGUGGCGUUGGAACGGCGGCGGCGGGCCUGGGCUUGGGGCAGGCUCCCACCCCGGCGCAGCAGGAGUUCAUGCAGCAGAUGCUGCAGGCACUCGCGGGGAUGGGCAGCUCGCAGCCACUAGGGGGUGCCAUCGUGAGCCCCGAGGUGCGGUUCCGCUCGCAGCUGGACCAACUGCAGGCCAUGGGCUUCGUGAACCGGGACGCGAACCUGCAGGCGCUGAUAGCGACGGGCGGAGAUAUCAACGCCGCCAUAGAGCGGCUCCUGGGCUCCUAGCCCCUCCCCUCUCCCCCUCCUCCUCCCACGGGCUCCGCCCACUGCCCCACAGGGCCCCCCCCCCCACCGCCCCCCCCCCCCCCCGCGCUCAGCACCCUGUUGACAACACACGGGAAGGGGGUUAUAUUUGUUUCUCUCUCAUUCGUUUAGUCUUGGCCUUAUCAUUCUUUUUAUUGUUUUAUUUAAAAAAACACAGAUGUGCCGCCGCUCAUUAUCAGGGCUUGCUCUGCCGACCGCUGUAUCGCAACACCAGCCACGUACAUUUCAUCCAGUCACCAUUAAACCACCGUGUCCCGGCCACUUAUUAAAUAGAGAGAAUAGUUUAAAAAAAAGCAAGCAAGCAAGCAGUCGUACAUCAAUGGGGGGAGGAGUGGGGGGAAGGGGAACGAAAGUUAAAAUUAAAUAAAUAUAUUAUAUCGUAAACAUUACCGACGAAAGACGAACCUAAUGUUGAGAACACAAUUCAGAGACGCCAUGUUGAUUACCGUUGAUUUAAUCGCCAUUUCCGAGACGCCACCGCUUGUCUGUCUGCCCACCCGUUCGUCCGAUCGGGGCAGAUGGGAGGGAAUGCUGGCAAGGUUGGGGGGGGGGGGGGUGGCAGACGUGUAGACGGGCGCGAGUGAUGCUUUUUUCCACUGGCACAAUCGAGCUGCGCCGGUGCCGUGCCAGACUGGUGCAGCUCGGGUUGUUUUUCCACUGCCUCGCGUCCCGAGGAGCAAAUCAAUUGGGAAGCACCUGGACGGUGCGGUAACCGCGUGUUCUCGCGGCGUACCGAUUGACGUCACAACCCCCCUUUGGUCCUGCUUGGCCUCGAUCCGGAUUCGGAUGUCUCGCGAGGCAAGCAGCAAGAUUGCUGCUUUGUGUUCCGGCUCGGCUCGAGGAAAAUAGCCAGUGGAAAAACCCAACCCGGUCCGUGAGGGCCCCCCCCGACCGCUGCCUCUGCUCGGAUGUGGCAGUGGAAAAAGGAGUAAAGAGUGUCGUCUGGCCUUGGUGGCAAACGUUGCUCUGCAGAGAGGGGGAGGGGAUGGAAUGGGGGUGGGAUUAGAAGGGAUGGAGGAGAAUCUGCGUCCCACAACCACCGACUGCCCCUGCGUGGGAAUGGUGGUGGGUGGGGGGGGGUGCGGCCCUACCGCAGUACAGAACGCGGGCGGUGCGAUUCACGGUCGCGGUGGAAUCUACCGAAAUCCACGCUUUAAAUAAAACUUCUCUCCGGC